AUGUACCGAAUAGUUCGUCGACUUAUCGGUUCAUUGGGGAUGUCUUCUCCACCGGGUAAUUUUUCUUGGGUAUCUGACUCUGUGGCUGGCUUUGCCUUUCCUUAUUCAAAGGAAAAUUUGAAUUAUCUCGUCAAUGAAUCACACAUUAAACAUUUAUUUACGCUAAGUGAAGAUAAGCCUGAUGACCUCGACCUAUUCCCUAACUUAACAAGCCACUUCUAUCCAGUUGAAGAGUUUGUACCGGGUGAUCUGGGUACAGUUCGAGAAAUAGUGGAAAUAAUUGCUGAUGCUGAACGUCGAGGGGAGAAAAGUGGGGUUCAUUGCCAAUUCGGUCAAAUGCGUACUGGAACAAUCCUAGCGGCGUAUCUUGCUUAUCAUCACAAAAUUAACGGAAAGGAGGCAAUCAAAAUGCUCAAAACGCUACGUCCCAAGUCACUAUUUUCCGUGGAUAUUAUGGACUCCAAAUUGACAUGCAAGCUUUAUUCACAUAUAUCAAAUCAAUGGUCAGCCGGUGAUUUAGUUGCAGAGAUAUGGACUAAUGAAUCAGAGUCCUUGACUGUACACCGUGAAUGCUCGCUACUUUAUUCUGAAUUCACGCGUUUAUCGAAUGAGUUAGAGGAUUUAUUGCGACCUGUUUCUCCUGCAUUGGUAGGUAUCCUAUGGAAUCCAAAUGUAUAUACUCUCAUUGCUGUUCAUGGGACUUUGCUUUCAAAUUCAGCCUUCCUGCCUCUUUCAAAUCAUGACCAAUUAGCGGAAUUCCUCAAUCUCUUUGGUGCUGUCAUUUGCCUUUGUGAUGAACCCAAGGUACUCAGUAAAUAUUUCACUUGCGUUCAAACAUCUCCAUUUAAAGUCUACGUCAGAAUUGAUGGGAAAUCUCAUCAACUCCCAUCAUCCGAGUGCGACCUCGCUUAUUGCAUAACAACCUCGGGCUCAACUGGACCUCCAAAGUUGGUCCUUGCCAGUCACUCUUGCGUAUCUGCGAAUGUUAUCGAUUUGGUUAGUCAUUUGCCAGUUGUUGACGGCAGAAAAACGAUUCCAGGUGUCUUUAUUACGUCUCCUUUGACAUUUGACGCCUCAAUAGUUCAAAUAUACGUCGCAUUGGCCACGCAUCGACACGUUGUAUUUCCAUCAAGUUCAAUUCUUUUCGGGGUGGAUGGAAAUCUACUUGAGCAGAUCAUAUUGUCUUCUGAUGCGGAUACAUGGCAGUGUACUCCCAGCGUCUUCUCUCGGUUGCCCCCACCAUCGUCAUGCUCAAACCUCAAAACUUUGAGCCUAUUUCUCGGAGGAGAACCUUGCUCUCCCGAUAGAUUGCCUUCCUGGGCUUUGGACAACUGGGACAUUUUCUUUCUCUACGGAUUGACGGAAGUUUCCGCAUGGAGCAGUAUUGUCAACGCUAAAGAAAUUUUAUCAGAAAAGCCUCCAAUAUCGGGCGCAACUCCUAUUGGUUCCCCUAUGCUCAAAUCGCAGGUCAUUAUUAAAGACGUUAAUGCGGAAACAAAUAUUGGUCAGAUUUAUGUCGGUCGUAAAGGUGGAGGAUAUGCAAUUGUUGAUAAGCCCUUUACAAUUUCCGCAAUACUCUUGGCAUUGAAGGAAUUGCAGGAGGAAAGGCUAAUUCCAACUGGAGACUAUGGAAUCUCUGUUCCAUCUUCUAAGCAUUCCCCACUAUGGUUUGUUGGACGAAAGGAUCGGUUAGUUAAGAUCCAUGGAUUGAAAUACUACUUGGAGCGUCUAGAGACAGAAAUUGUACGACUUCUGGGCACUCGUCAUCGGGUCAUUAGUUGUCGCUGUGAAGCCUCGCCGUUAAGCGCUUAUAUUCAACUUCAAGACCGUCUUCAAUCUAAUGAAUUGGGCGAUCUAAAACAGUGGCUUAUGGCGAGAAUAGGCCUUCCUAUUUCUUACAACAACGUGAUUCUAUCUAAUAAGCCGCUCCAUCUUAAUGCUAAUGGAAAGGUUGUUGAUAGAUCCAUAAAACGAACCUGUCUUUCAUCAAUCGCGUCUACUAAUAUUGAUAUAAGUAAUCUCACGUUCCAACAACUUGGUGGUACAUCUCUCAAAGCAAUGUAUCUUAUUGAGACCCUCGCUGAUAACUAUCCAGUUUUGACCUCAAAGAAGGCUAUACUACUUAGUACUCUUUUCAGUAGGCCGUUUAGCGAAUUUAUCCAAUUAGCAGAGACUCCUGCUUCAGAUAUGGAGAUCAAUAUGCCUGCUUCAGAAAAAACUGGAAUUGAAGUUAAACGACGAAAGGUGGUUGCAAAUUGUAAAGCAGAAUUGGUUUGGAGUGUUGUUCUUGGAAAAUGUGUUGACGCUUCACCGAUUAUGGAUUCCGAGAGUGUUUUCAUUGGAAGUCACUCUGGUGCUUUUAAACGACUUGAUAUCGACACCGGAGCAGAAUUCUGGUCUCGUAAUAUUGGAAGUCGCAUCGAAGCCACUGCUUGCUUGAUUGAUAGUCUAGUUGUUUUUGGAUCCUUGGAUGGACAACUCUAUGCCCUUCAAGUGGAAGAUGGAGAAAUUGCAUGGAUAGUGGAUGUGGGCGGAGUUGUGAAGUCGGCAUCUACACGAGUGCCAAAUACUUCCAAAUUGCUGAUUGGCUCCCAUGGACAACGAUUAUUGGCUAUCGAAAAAGAUGGCCGUGUCGAAUGGUCGGAGAAUUUGGACGAAUCACCGAUAGUCGCUCCAGUUGCAUUGGAUGAAAAUGGUGAAUUCGCGUUUGUUGGAACUUUGGGAGGAGGUCUUCAUCAAGUCGAUGUCAAUACCGGUCACAAAGACUGGUCUGUAGACAACUUAGGGCCAAUAUUUGGAGCGCCAACGUUACUAGCAGAUCUCAACCGAAUUGUUGUAGCAAGUGGGGAUGGUAACGUGCAUGGUCUCUUAAGAAGCAAUGGAGUUCGACUUUGGAGCGUUAGUCUCAAUCCUCGUGGAGGUUUUUUCUCUCCCCCUGUUACCCUAAAUUCAAGCAAACGCUCUCUCCUUCUGUUGGCUAAUCAGUCGGGACACCUGCAUGCCCUUGAACCAACCAAUGGCACAGCAAUAUGGACUCUUGAUUGUGGUAUUACGUUGCUAGAUUCGAGUUCCCGAACGGUCUUUCCUCUAACACCUCGAGUGAUUCAGCAGAAUGAUUCCAUUAUCUUCGCCCGUACAGACGGAUGCAUUUUCCACUAUGAAAAUAUUGAGGACAAUCCCCCUUCACCUCAACUCAUUUAUCGACUACCAUCAGAAACCUUCUCAACGACUCUUGUCCAUCAAUUUAAACCUGGAGUGCUGUCAAUAUUUAUUGGGUGCAGAGACGACACUAUAAAUCGAAUAGAUUUUGACCUUACUAAGGGCACUGAAUAG